GUUGGGUGUUCCUCUUUGAUUCAAUCAAGUGGAUAACUCUGACGUACAACUGCCCACACGGGGGUAGAAGUAGGUAAUUACGCAUAAAGAGCCUCCAAUCAAGGCUGUCAGCCAAUCCAGAACCAUCUCUCUGGACCCACGCUGCAUUAGAAAGCCAGGACAAGCCUUGUGGGGUGUAUUUAAGACUGGACAAGUUUCUACCGCGCAGUGCAUUGAAGCAGAGAGGACUGAGAGAGAGAGAGAUGGCUAGGAGACUCUUGCAGUGCGAAGUGUGCACACUGUUUCUACUCACCACCGCAUUGACAGUUCUGGGUCUUCCUACCACCCGACAAAGGCAGACCCACUGGCUUCUGGGACCAGAUCUGCAACACCAGGCCAGCAGGGAGAUCAUAAACCAGCUGCUAUGGGGACCAAUCAGCCACUACAACAACGUCCUGCCUGUACGAGUCACCCGGGGAUUCGGGGGAAGAGUUUCCAGUCCCUGGCAAACAUACUCACGCCUUUGGGUACAGGGCCGCAGCAGGGCUACCCGUAACCAGGGGCAACCGCGGAACGACGAAGACGCAAGCUCAGGCCCGGACGCAUCCGUCCACGAAAUCCAGACCAGAGUGAAUCCAUGGCAGAAGUAUGGGAAGCUGUGGGUGCACGGCGCGUCGAGACCCGACAAGCGAAGCUCGGACAACGAAGACGCGACAACAAGCCUCCUCGACGACCUUGACGUCGAGAUAAGGUCAAACCCGUGGAACAAGUAUGCCAACUUGUGGGUCAAAGGUCAAGGCAAGAGGGGCGCCGACGAAGAGGUAGAACCAGCUUAUUCUGAGCUCAGUCCGGCGGACCAGACAAAUUUUGAUAAACGAGGGGGUGGGAAUCCCUGGAAUAAGUUUGCAAACCUUUGGGUGAAGGGCACAGGAAAGCGGUCAGUUGACGCCGAUGUCGAUUCUCCAACUGACCCGCUUGCUGAGAAAAGGGGGGGAGGGAAUCCCUGGAAUAGCUACGCAAACAUGUGGGUUUCGGGUGUAUCACGGCCUUCACGAAACUUUGACGAUGACGACGACAUGGAACUCCAGGCUAGGUCGAACCCGUGGAACACCUAUUCCCAGUCUUGGGUGUCCGGGAAGGGCAAACGUAGCCCAUGGGGCAAGUUCGCCCAUCUGUGGGUCGAAGGUCAGUCCCAGGGCAAGAGAGGUCAAAAUCCGUGGAAUCGGUUCGCACACAUGUGGGUGGGGGGUGCAUCGAAGCCUGGCAAGAGGGGGGACACAGAUUUAGAGGAUCACACAAUUGACCUAAGAGCAAAUCCAUGGAACCAGUUUGCUCAUAUGUGGGUGAAUGGCAAGUCAAAACAAGGCAAAAGAGAAGAAGAUCUAGACGAUCAGGCAAUCGACCUAAGAUCGAACCCGUGGAAUCAGUUUGCUCACAUGUGGGUCGGUGGGAAGUCAAAACAAGGCAAGAGAGGAGAAGGAGAAUUAGAUGACCAUGAAAUUGAUCUAAGAUCGAACCCAUGGAAUCAGUUUGCUCACAUGUGGGUCGGUGGGAAAUCAAAACAAGGCAAGAGAGGAGAAGGAGAAUUAGAUGACCAUGAAAUUGAUCUAAGAUCGAACCCAUGGAAUCAGUUUGCUCAUAUGUGGGUGAAUGGGAAGUCAAAACAGGGGAAAAGAGAGGAUAUUAGCGAACUAGAGGAUCAUGAAAUUGAUCUAAGAGCGAACCCCUGGAAUAGAUAUGCUCACAUGUGGGUGGGGGGAAAGUCAAAGCAAGGAAAGAAGUCUGAACCUACCACAAACCAAUCUGUGCAAGGAGACAGUCUGGAAGACGGUAGUAGCCAAGAAAAUCGAAGCAAAGAGUUUGAGGAUAAGGAAAUAGAUGAGAUAGCAAUGCACAGUGAUGGGGAACAACACGAUGUUGUUAGCAAGAAGGACAACCCUUGGCAGAACUACGGGAAACUGUGGGUGGAGGGGACUGGGAAGCGAGAUUCGAACACCGUUGGCUCGGUCGACCAGCGGGCAUGGAACAAGCAGGCGCAGAUGUGGACGAAGGGGAUGAAAAAGGACGACCCGUCCGAAGAAGAAACCGAAGACGAGAAUGAAGCGGUCGAAACGCGCUCAUGGGGCAAACAAGCUCAACUCUGGACCCAGGGUCAGUCCAGGCGACAGAAGCGAAGCCUUGAGAGCCGGGGACCGAGGCGGCCCUGGACCACGUGGACCAAGUUGUGGAUCGGAGGGACGGGCAAGGGCGAGCGCGUCGCUCGGAGCAUCCGGGAGGUCAGGAGAUCCGGCGCUGACUUUGGCUUCUGACAAAGCACAGAUGACUCGACCAGAUGACAACACGUGAUGUGCUGAUCAACAGCAGGAUGACUACAAACGAUCACGACCAAAGGAGACUCUUCUCAGUCGAAUACAUUUCUUAUGUACAAAAGACUAUUUUCAGAACUGUAACGGAGGCAACCUCAUGUGUACGUCGUCUAAUUAUAAGUGUUAUGUGCUUCGGAGGCCA